CCAUCCAUCAUCGGUAAUGUGAUAAACCGACAUAUCCACUCAAUCCGCGCCCACCUUCGAUUUUCCGUGCCCGACUCAUGGACUGGGACUCCUUCCUCCAUUCCUUGGCGGGCAAGCGGGUGGUCUUGUCGGGCUGUGGCGGCGGGAGCGAUGUCCUGGGCACUAGCGUGAUCUACGCGCGGAUCAAGGACACAGCCAAAGAGGUGAUUUUCUUCAGCCUCAGCUUCACCAGGGACGAGCUGCUGCAGCAGAGCUGCCGGCGGAUCAGUCGGAAGUGUUGGCUCGUGGAGCCCCACAAUGUGGCUCUCAGAGAUGAUCCGGAGGAGAAGGUCUACUUUCCCGAGGCGCGCAUGGCCAACGUCACCGGGCAGCCCAUUUACACGCUCUCGCAUUUUGCAUCCAUCCAGGAAUACACCGCAGCCUAUGAGGCGGCUCUCGGUUACUUUGGACGGCGUUUCUUUGGUGGGCACCUCGCUGAUGUGCUGAUCUUGUGUGAUGGUGGCUGCGACGUGCUGCUCACUGGGCGGGAGACAGGCUUGGCGACCCCUGUGGAGGACAUGGCUCACCUGAGAGCUGUUCAGCCGCUGGACAUCCCGAAGAAGUUCAUAUCGGCCCUGGGUGCCAACGUGGACUGUGCCCAUGGCGUGGUUCAGGAGGAAUUGGAUUCCCGCUUGGAACAGAUGCAGCGCUCGGGCACCAUGCUCUUGAGCCAGCCGAUUGACCUCGAUGAUCCGGCGGGCCAAUAUUUUGCCGAGCUAGUCUCGCGGUGCGUGCCCUCUUGCUCCAUUGUCCAAUCGCUGGUCUUGGCGGCGAUGGAAGGCCAUGUGGGGUGUUUCUUGCCGCCGCAGUUGGCGAAGCGGAUCAGCAAGAACAAGGUGCCAUUGACGGAGCAAACAAGGACCUUGUACCUUUUCCAUCUGGAACAUGUGGCCAGGGAGGUCUUGUACUUGGUUGCAAAGUCCGGUCAUUCCUGCUCUCGCCACGUGCGCACCGGGUCUUCGUGGGUCUUCCAGUCUUCCGUGAGCCACGCGGCCACAGUUGAUAGACAGCACACCUGUGCCCAGCACCUGUGUCCAUAUCCAGUGGAAUUUGAGUCAUCAGAUCGUUUGAAAAGCGCCAGUACCCAUCUCCUCUAAAAACUUCCAACAUCCUCCAAUGGCUUCAGGAUCGGCUGGAACCUCAUUUCGACUACCUACGCGUUGCCGAGACCAUUGGUGACUUCCAAGCUGAAGUGAACAAGACGACCUGAGCCGAGAUGUAUCGUGUUGAUACAGGCCAACUGCCGUAUCGUGCCGUCUCUUCUCCCGUACAGUUGCCUGGCAGCUGUCUUGGGGGUGACUCUCCAGAUCGUCAGGCGAGGUUGGAUGAAGGGAUCUGGAGCAACCGACGCAACUUGGGUCACCGACGCAAGGGUUGUGGCUUUUCCCGGAAAAGACAUAUUCGCAGCUCCACUAUAUGUGCAUCAGACCUUUCAUCGGAUGGGUCGAGUACAUUCCAUCAGUUGUUUGGCCAUCCCGGUUUAACAUGAGGCUCUCCCUGGGGGAGACUCACCACUGUCAUCACCGCAUUCGGAUCGAACAGGAGCACAUGCGGGUUUGACAUGCACAAAGUAUGUAGCCUGCAAGCAGAUGGGAAGAAGAAUGGUUUCUUGGGGGGUCCGGGCAAAAAACACGGCCACAAUGAACAUCGAACCCAGACUCUCCAAGUAUGG